ACUGAUUCUGCCUCUAAUUCCAAAUGACAUGUGACCAGAGGACUCUGUGAUUUGCAAUAAUUAUCAUUCUUUUCUAAAUGUGUAUAUAUAUGUGGAAAGUCUUCAGUGGGAAAUGGGAACUCAGAAGAAUCUCAACCACAUGGUCCUGCAGGAGAUAUUUAUUCGGAGUCACCACACCACACUGAGCCGAGAUGAGUGUCUCAAAUGACACUUUGGAUUCACUGGUGAAGUUUCUGUCAUCUGAGGCCCGUUCAGAUGUCAAGAGUCUUGCCUGCAAUUCUGUUGCACAAUUGACUGGCUCUCCUGAAGGCCUGCAGCUACUCUCCUCUCGCCCUGAUGUUCUGAAAGCAGUGAUUCAGCUUGUCCAUGAUCCUGACACUUCUACCAUCUUGAAUGCCAUGAAGAUUCUUGUUAAUUUAUCAGCAGAAGAAGCAGGAGCAAAAGCACUACUUGCCCUAACAGAGCCUCAUGUGGUGGAUGAGAUGAUAAAGUGUAUUAAGAACAAGGACUACCCUCAUGCUGACUUAGCCUGUGGGGUGUUGGCCAACCUCUCCAAGCCACGUGCAUUGUGCCAGAAAGUACUUCAUCAAAUGAAUCUUGGUGGUAACAGGCUGGAGGAACUGACACAGAUAUUCUGCCAGAUGGAUUACAACAGGAAGGGUGCCAACCUCCACCUGCUGGCAUCCAUGAUAACCAACAUUUCUCAGCUGGAAAAGGGCAGAAAGCUGAUCAUGGACAAGAAUGGGUUUGUGCUGAACCGACUGCUUCCCUUCGUGACCUGUGAGGAGUCCAGGGAUCGCCGAUAUGGAGCUGUUGCCACUCUUCAUAAUUGCUGUUUUGACAAAGCCAGCCAUGAAUGGCUACUUGGGGAGGAGGUUGAGGUGGCUGGACGCCUCCUGCUGCCUCUUGCAGGCCCUGACACUUUUACCUUGGAAGAAAAUGACAAGUUGCCUCUUGACCUCCAGUAUCUGCCCAAUGACAAGACCAGAGAGUCAGAGCCAGUGAUUCGCCAGCUGCUACUGGAGGCCCUCAUGCAGCUGUGUGUCACACGCCAUGGAAGAGAAAGCCUAAGGGACCAGAACGCCUACCUGGUCCUGAGGGAACAUCACAAGUGGGAAACAGAUUGCCACUGUCAAAUGCUCAAUGAAGAUGUGGUGAAUCUCCUCAUCAGGACUGAGGAUGAGAUAGGUGCAGAUGACCUCUCUUCCGUGGAGGUGCCUGAUGACCUGGCAAAGAAGUUCACUGCUCAAGAUGAACAGUACCUGGCAGGGGGAAGCACUUAAGAAGGCUGUCAGCAAGUGCCAUGAGAUGUGAGGCGAAACUUGUCCAAAGGUGGUGAAUCACAGUUUGGAGCUUGGGUACCAUAGAGCAGUCAUGGAUAUGUAAUUUUCUUUUGAUGAUAGCCAACAAAUGCUCAAUGGGGUUCAGGUCAGGAGAAUUUGCAGGUCAGUUGUCAAAGAAUGGCACCCUACUGUCCCCGAGUCACUACUUCACUGGUGUGGCAGUAUGACUGGGAGGGAGGUCCAUCCUGCAUGAAAGUGGUGGCAUGGCAUCUCUCAAAAGAACCCAGUAGAUGGUCACAAAAGUUCCAGGUAGUUCCCCUGAUUCAUUGUGGUGCUCUUGGGUAAUAUUUUAAAUUUCCCACACCAUAAUGGAUGAAGCAGCAACCAGAUAUGGGCAUGAUUAUGAUUACUAAUAAAAAAUUCAUAAUCCAUGGCUCUGAUUACAUAAUCAUAAUCAAAUCAAAAUAAAAAAGUAGAUAACUCAUGUAAUUAUAAUCAUAUUUUUCUUGUUAAUAAUCAAUGAUUAAAAUGUGAUUAUUGUGAUUAUGUCUGUAAUUUCCAUGAAGCACUUCACUUUCAAGUCCAAGUAUGUUUUGAAAGCUUAGCACCAUCUUAUGUUUUUACUUGCUUGUCUCCCAUGAUAUACGGGUAUCAGUCAAAUGCACACAAAGCUUAUACAUGUUUCAGCAGACUUGAAAUGCAUUACUGAUAAAAAAUAGUGCUUCCAGAUUGGUGUGGGAGUGCACAGCCACAGGGUUACAUAUGAAACAUGUUGUCUGUGUAAUCACAGUAAUGUGUGAAUCAAUUGUGUCUAUCAUUGUGUGUGUGUGUGUGUGUGUGUGUGUGUGUGUGUGUGUGUGUGUGUGUGUGUGUGUGUUUUGUAGUACUUUAUCAUCCAACAUGUUUGUACAUGCUUAUGCUGCUGGCUAUGUAAGGCAAACAGCACGUUUGUACAUACACACAUUUCUAGCAUAUUUAAGGCAGACAGCUGGUAGACUCAUCACUCCACUCCUCAUCAAGUACAUCUCUAUCUCAUGAGGAAACCAAUAUCAGACCAUUUUCAUGGCAGCUCUAAGGCACUCAAGCGAAACUGAAAUGCAAGCACUGUGACAAGGUUGUUAGUGGUAACAUUCAACAGACUUCAAAUUUUCAUACUCACAUGAAGGUAAGGUAAAAUGUAAUUGUAUUAUAUUGUCACCCUCAUUAACAAACAAGCCACACUGCAGAAAAGGUUCAUGCCACAUUCACCAAAAUCAUCACUAGCUUUAACCUAAAAACAAAAAUUUUGACAAUUGUAACUGGCAGUUCCAGCAAUAUGCUUAAAGCAUUUGUGACACUUCCCAGUCUGGAUGAUGCAGACACUAAUCAAGACAGUGUAAGCGAAGAGGAGGAUGACACCUUUGACGUUCCUGAUAACAAUGAGAAGUUCCUGGAGCUAUUGCCUGAGCAUGUCAUAUGUUUUGUUCUUACUUUACAAAUUACUGUGAAAGAUGGGCUCGAAGAAGCAGGGCCUGUAUCGGGAGUCAUUGGAAAGCCACACAUUUAGUGUCACACAUUUGUCAUUCUGCACUGGCAUCUGACAUUCUUGAAGAUGAAUGCGGACCUCAGGCCAAAAAUGCAACCCGAUGGAACAGCAGUGACAAGAUGCUUCACUCCCUUCUGAAUAUUGAUCCAGCCAAACUUGAUCAGUUAAGCUGUCCAGUAAAGCUAACCAAAUAUGAACUUAAUCUCAACAAGGAAAUAACAUACAUCUUGACACCAUUUGAAGUAGCAACUCAAGGGUGUCAGGGAGAGAAUGUUGCAACGUCAAGCAAAGUAAUUCUAUGCAUUCAUGGACUGAAAGCUGAGCUUGAAUAACUGUCACAGGCAUAAAAGUCAAAAAUGAUUACUACUUUCAAAAGCUCAAUCAAGAAAAGAUUGAAGAUUUAUGAAAACAUGGGGAUGUUUCAGCUGGCUUCACUCCUAGAUCCAUGCUUUAAGAAGUCAUUUCAUGAAAUCCCUACUGGUCUAAAGUAGGUUAAAUUAUGUCUUCCACUGAAGAAAAGGGUUCCCUUCAGGAAAAUAAGGAGGCACCUACGAAGAAGUGCAAGCAGUUCAAAUUAAUGACAACAUCAGCAUCAAUGAGCUCUUCCCUCUUUACAUUAACAUCAACUUUAUUACAAGUAGAAUCCUACCUGAGUCAGCCAAGAAUGGAGAAUGACUGUGAUCCCCUUCUCUUCUGGGAACAGAAUCAGUCACCAUUACCUCGACCAACUAUACUGGCUCUCUGAUAUCUGUGUAUCCCAUCAUCAUCAGCUCCAGUUGAGAGGCUUUUCUCUAUUGCUGGGAGUCUUUCGUCCUGAAUGAUGAAGAAUGACCAAUGUUCGCUUUGAGGAGUUGAUGUUUAUCAAGUGUAACCAACACAGUAAAUUAGACAUUACAUGAGAAAUAAUCUAGCCUAUAAGAAAUCAUGUGUAUAACAAGUUCUACAUUUUUCAGAGGAAUACUUUGUUUUCAUUAUUGCUGUGAAAGCCUGUGAUCAUGAUUUGAAAUAAAUUCAUAGAAGUAAUGUAUUAUGUGUUGUAAAGCAAAAAACAAAUAAAACCUCUUACACACAA